CUUCCUAGCGUUCCAUCUCCUGAGGGCAGCAUGCAGAAUCUGCAUCCGUAUUCGUUUGAAGUCUCGACACCCGGGGAGAAUCCAGACGAAGGGUCCUCUCAGACGAGUAGAAGUUUUGGUUCGCCUGCUGGUGUGUAUUCAAUCGUGAGCUCAUUGGAAGCGUUUUUGACAACAGGCGAUCUCUCUCUGACUGGAAAGGUCAUUCUUGAAAAUGGAAAGGCAGACUUCGUAGAUCUCAGCACAAUUGCUCGAAGCGUCUCCCGUCAACGGAGUGGCAGUGUCGUGAUGAUAAAACCAGAAUCCGGAUUGACCUUGGUGCCAUGGAAGGCGAAAAAAGCCUCGCAAGUAACACAGCAGCCUAUCUCAAGAUGCGCCUCUCACCGAGAAUCGUCCAAAGACAAAAUUAUGUCGGGCGAAGAUUUUGUGAUGGGGUUGACCUGUCGAACCAGUGGCAUGCACAUUCCUCUGGGGUUCGGCUACGUGGAGCAGUUGGCCCAUCUGUGUGCUGCUAAUAACCGGCCAGGAGGGGAUCUACAUGCGGGAGAUACGAGUGAAAACUUGCAGAUUGAAGAAGAACAAGGUGACGGCAGCAGUGUCGAUGCUGCAGAGGAUCAUGGACUUUCUAUCGGAGACCAGCAAAACUACGAGGCGACUCCACGUCGUUUGGACUAUGUUUUCCAGUCGCGGCGUUACGGAAGUCGGCGAUGGUACGGCAUUCGCAUUAGCCCCGACAAGCAAAUGGGCGCACUCGUAGUGCUAAACCAGACAUCGCACGAACUUUUGGACACCAAGAUAACUGCCCCUGCCGCUGGAAGGGCAGGUGAAGUUUCGUUCAUCGAGAAAGAUAAUCAAGACAAUGAUAUGACGAGAGAAAAGUUGUCAGUAGCUGUUGAACGAAAGUCUGUACUAGAGAACAAAUCUUACGUGGAGUUGAAGGCGUUAGAUUCAGACUCAGAAGAUCCAGACCUAUUAAGUUCGCACAACAGUGCUAAAACUUGCUGUUCUUCUCACGAGAGACUAUGUACAACUAGCAGACAUAAAGCUCCAUGUAAAAGGCCAAAAGAUCGAGUUUCGUGGCGCUUUGUUUCUCAGCUUGCCUUCGAGUCAUACGAUAUCAAUCAAGAUUCUUCUAAUUUCACAACCCCAAUAUCUUUGUCUCAAGCAGCAAUGGAUUACAACGCGACCGCAGCUGCUCUACUAGAGACCCAGAAUGAGACGAGAACCAUACACAGUAAAGUGUAUAAGAGAACCAUCGUUUUCGAUCCUAUAGGAUCAUAUUUGCUACUCUCUACAGAUGUCUAUGAAGGUAUACGCCACAAAGUCAUGAAUUCAGUCAAAUUCACAGCUUUUGGCAUUGGUGGGAGGUAGACGAGCUGACACAGAUUCUGUCACAUGUGAAGACGCUCUUCGCGCUCCAUUCACUCUUACAGGCUACUUCCGCUAACGCUAAGGUUUUUUGUUGUUCCCGCUCUCGAAGUAUGUAGGAUUUUCAUACCCCACCUCGCUCUCGCUGC